AAGCCCAGCUCUGCCAACGAUUCUUCAGUCGAGUCGCGAAAGUCGUCGAGUGCGUUUGGUUCGCUGGCUCGUCGGCAGUCCAGUUAAAAACAAAAAACACCAAAAUCCAAACCACUAAAAAAUAUUUCAAAAAAAAAAGAAAACAAAACUGAGAAAAAGAGAAAGAAGCUGCCGAGGAAAAGGUGAACAAACAAACAGAGAUCAUCAUCAUCAUUAUCAUCAACACGAAUUUCUUGUGCGCGCAGUCUUCGCCGUUAUGCAAUUGAAGUGCGUUCAUAAAAUGCCGAGAUAGCAACAAUUUCGAUCGAAUUAAUUAAAUAUUUUCUGAGAAAUUAGAAAUUUUUGUUCAUUUUGCGCGAGUUUAAAAGACGCAUAAAUACUCGUGCCAUCGCCGUGCUCGAUGUCCAAAAAUUAAAUGCCAAAUCAAAUAUUAAAAUUUAUGGCAAACUCGUUUACAGGCACAAAAAAUCGAAAUAAAAGUGAAAUUAAUAAAGUGAAAAGCAUAACACGGCAAUUGUAGCAAAUGGCAAUUACAAAAUCAAUAUAAAUAAUAAUAGAAAAUCAUUGUUGGAGCAUUAAAAGAAAUAAAUAAACGUAAGAAAAAUAACAACAGUUAGGGGCAAGCACUUUUCCUCGUCGUCGCAGUUGUAGUCGUCGCUCUGCGAAUACGUAAUCAUUGGGAAAAUAUCAGCAAUUUUGCAACAGUUUCGACACAACAACAACAACAGCAGCAGCAACACCAGCGACUUGCAGCAAAAACAAAAGUAAUUGAGCAGAAAGAGGACAGAGACCCCAGAAAUCACACAAGAUGGUGUCGCGUCGAAAAAUUCUAUCACGUUCCCGCGACGAUCUUAAUCUCGACCAGACAUUUACCCAACAGGAGGAGGAAGAGGAUAUCUGGUAUCAGAAGGAUAAACUAUACAAGGAACACAUUCAGGAAGUGCUGGACAAAUGGACCCAAAUCGAUGACGAGAUCUGGGCCAAAGUGAUCGUCUUCGAGCGGAAUCGUCGCGUGGCCAAGGCAUACGCACGUGCUCCGGUGCUGACCAUUAAUGGAUCCGACGAUGGCUUCGACGGCAUGCGAAUCGGGCUGUGCGGCUUCGACAAUCCGAUGAGGGAUCAGAAGACCGACGAGAUGAAGCGCGUCAUCGGACAGGGUGUUAAAAUCAAAAUGGAUGAUGCUGGUAACAUACUCAUCCGGCGGUAUGCCAAAAGCAAUGUCUAUGUAAAGAGCACCGCCAGCAGUCCCAACGAGGAGACCUCCAUCGGUGCCGAGAUCUUAAAGCUGCCCAAUCAGGCGCUCGAAUCCGAAAAAAUAGUCAAGCUCUUCGACAUGAAGAAGUUCCAGUCGAAUGUGAAUCGCGAAUUGCGACGCGCCUAUCCGGAUCGCCGGCGUUUGGAGACGCAGUGUCUCUCGUCGGUGGCGUUUGUUAAGUCGGAGAACGAUGUCUUGGAGUGCCCCAUCUGGGUGCUCAUCGUCAAUGUGGUGGCCAUGGAUAUGCUAAAAAGCAAGCUGCCGCCAGUGCAACGUCCCAUUGUGGACAUCAAGAACCGCCCGCGCAUUCCGAUUCCCGAUGAGGAUCCCUACAGCGUUGCGGGCAAUGGUAGUGGAGGAAGCUCUGGCAGCUCUGGAUUUGGCAGCGGCCACCAGGCCCAGCUGCAUCCACAGCAACAGCAACAGCUGGGCAAGCACCUUAAUGGCAACGGAGGUGGUCAUGUGGCUGCCACAAGGGAACAGUUGCUGCUGCAGACGCAGCAACUGGCCCACAAGCGCAGCGAGAAACCUCCAAAACUACCGCCCAGGGAUAAUAUCUACUCGCACGAUCUGAUUCCAAAGCCGGAUUACGAUGACAUUGACUUGGAAACUCGCAUCAAACUGUCGCGUGGCAAGUCGGACAAGGGCAAAGAUAACAAGAAAUAUGAUGAUCCCUACUACUGCGGAUUGCGUGCCCGAGUGCCGAACUUUGUAAAAUCCGGUAAGCCGAUGUCCGGCCAGGUGGCCAAGGAUCAGAGGGAUGGAAAUGGAAACAACAUUGGAAACGGUGGCAUCAGUACGCUUAGCCAGAAGAAGACUUCGAUGAUACAUAAUCACCUGGGUGGCAUGCAUUCGCAUCACAUUCAACAACAGCAGCAGCAACUGAUGGCAGCGGCGGCGGCUGCGCAUGCGGCACAGCACCAUCAUGCGGGACACCAGCGGGAGCAGCAGCAACACCAUCAGAUUUGGCAGACUCGCAGCUAUGAGAGUGGCAUAGGUAUUUAUAAACAGGGUGGGUCUAACACGGCCAACCAAACACACAAAUCGCACGCACUGCAAAUGCAAAUGCAACAGCAACUGCAACUGCAACAUCAUCAUCAACAACAACAACAACCACAGUCACUGCCAACGGACUUAACAGCAAUCAAUGCAACAGCAACCACAGCUACCACCAAGACACAAAGCACAGCUAACAAAGCACGUAGCCACCAGCCACAUCCGCAUCUGCAUCAGCACUCGUAUCCGCACGCACAUCCGCACCACAGACACCACCGUCAUGGCCACCACUGCGAAAGGCACGCCCACUUGCAGCAACAACAUUCUGCACCGCAGCAACAUGUGCAACCGCAGCAACCGUAUUAUGACAAUUUGGAGGAUUCAGUGGGUCGCCAGGUUACCCGGCGACUAUCCACCCGUCGUUCUAUGCCGGAGGAUAGCUCGUCCUGCAAUUGUGUUAGCUGCUAUGCUUUGGCUCCCCUCUGUGGUGCGGUUCCACCGCCUCGUCCACAAAGGAGCCUAAGUCAACGGCAAUUGAGGCGUCAUCAGCGGCUAAGUGGGAGUCUGGUGGAGCCGGAACUCCGGCCAGGGGUGGUCAAGUGGUGCAGCGAGAGCGAUGUCUCGGUGCUGGAGCUGGAACCUACGGUAAACGAACGCUACGACGACUGCUACCAAUACGAUGACUUCGACUUGGAUUUCGACAUAGACGAUGACCUAGGUUUGAUGACAGAGAACAUAGGACGGCGCAAAGGGACCGAGACGGUGGACAUGUACGUGGAUCGCGCCCAUCUCCGCCAGCUGCAGACGCCAGCAGUACUGCGCACCAAGUCUCAGUCCACUGAAAGCUUUUUCGAGCAGCCCAACGAGGAGGGCUCACUGUACAUGUAUGGCGGUAGAAAGCGGAUUGCUGUAAAGGCGCCGUCAGCGGCCAACAUCUAUGAUCGGGUGCGCGGCUCUAUCGAUUCCACGGACAGGCAGGGACGCAGUGCGGCAGGACCAAAAAGGGGCCAAUGCCAGAAGAAGCCCCAACUGCCUGCGCCUAGUUGGCGAGGCGGCAAGCGACAGGAGCAGGCUCAAAACGCUGACAAAAGACAAAGAUAUGACAAUGCCACCAAUAGCAACAGCAACAACCAGCACAAAAGACAGCUAACGAACGCCAAGCAAGACAAUGACGACAUGUUGAAAAACAAAAAUUAUUUCAAUAGUAAAAACAAAAGUAUAGCAACAGCGGCGGCAACAGCAGCGAAAGCGACAGCAACAUCAGCCAAUACAGCAGCUACAUCUGGAGGAAGUGGAGGAGGAGGAGCAGUCGCACUAGCAACAGGAGUUGCUGGGGGAAAGGCCAGAGGAGUUGGCGGUCCAACAAUGUCUCCAACAUUAGCCGCCAUCCCUGCAACAAACAAUGCAACUUCGGCCAGUGGAAUAAGUUCGGCUCCACCUCCGACGGCCACCAGAACCGGACGCAGUGCCAGUCGCCUUGACAUCAGCGACAUGGAAUCCAUUUAUGGCUACCUAAAGCCCCGCAAGCCGCGCAGCCUUAGCCUGAAGAAAAUUCAAAUACUCGACUACUGAGCGGACACGUGAAUUUGUAUGGGGCCUGCUCUAAAUUGAAACGAGGUUAUAUGGCCCAGACAUCGAUAUUAGUUAUUGUUUUUGGUUGCCUUACCCCUGUUUUUGGGUCGGAUGAUGGGUGGAUGUACAUACUAUAUACCUACAAACGCAUAAUGGUUACCUUAUUACCCGGUGAACAGAACCACUAAACUGUACGAAAUGUCUACUAACUUUUAGCACCUUGGACUCCUCUAGCCUGGACAGUCACGAAACGCAAUUGUACAUACACAAUAUUGGGAGUGGGUUGAUUGAUUAAAAUGGUAGUUACAAAUCUAAGGAGUGGGACAUAAUCUAUGGAAGGUUCCGAGGCAUUUUAUCUCUGUAUGAUAUACUAUUUUAUGUCUUUAAAAUGAAGAAAAAGUAGUAUCGAAAAAAAGAGAGAUAUUUGAAUAUUGUAAAAUAAAACCAAUAGAUCUUCACCUAAGAUUACUAUACCACUGCUUAGAUCUACCAUUGAAAUCGGCCCACCCCGGUAUACAUAUUUUAGCAUUCAUAAUCUUAAAAUAUAUAUAUAUAUAAAUCCGCACCCGUUUU